AGGGUGUCCACUGGCUUGGUGGGUUUUGGAGGCAGUGGAACGUCCUGAAAGGAGGUUGUGAAGGUCAGAGUAAGGACCGGAGCAGAGUGAACCAUGAGAACGUGGCGAGGCUUGGCCCUCCUGGUGCUCUGCACUGUGCCCCUGCAUGCAUGGGCCCGCGAUCAAGUGCCUACGGAGGCCCCCGCAGCGGAAAAUGAAACUUCUACUGUUGGAGAAGCCCAGAGGACAGAGAAUGUGACUAAGCUUGGAGCAGAGAUCAGCAGUGUUACCAGCGAGAUCAAGAAAUCUGUCGAGAUCCUGGAUCAGAAUGUGACUGCUGUGGUGAGUGCAGUUACCACAGCGACGACCCCUGACCUCCUGAAGGCGCAAGGCCCCACCAUGACGGGUAAUGACCAGUCUUUACAGGGGAUGGUAGAUGACUCAGGAAGUGAAGGCUCCUCAGGUCUAGGCUCAGAGUUCAUAGUGGGUGUGGAGCAGGAAAAAACUACAAAGCCCACCAGCUUGCCACUGAGGGAGGUGACGAUCAGCAGCUUUACGACGGUUGGCCCAGUCAGUACUUUUAAAACGUCCUUCGCUGAAACCAGCGGCGUGCAGAUAGAUGCCCCUAAGUGCUUCCCCAGAGGUUCUGACUGGUCCUUCUGCUCCGCGGGGGCAGCGGUGGGUUUCUCUUUGCCCAACUUUCUGAACCACACAGGGGUGGAGCAGGUGGUGGCCGUGCUGCACGAGUGGGCGUGGUUGCUGCAUUCAGACUGCCACCACGGGCUGGAGUGGUUUUUCUGCCUGCUGGUGGCGCCAGAGUGCCCUCUGGCCCAGGACGGCGCGCCGGCCACCCUGCUCCCCUGCCGCGGCUUCUGUGAGCUGCUGCUGGACAGCUGUUGGAUGGCGCUGCAGAACAGCGGGCUGCCUGUGGCCUGCCACACCCUCCCCGAGGGACCGGAGCCUGGCAGGCCAUGUGUGCUUGCUAGCAACUACAAAGAAGAGAGUGGCGUCUCCUUGCUGCAGCUGAUAGGAAGCCUACCGCCCAAUCAGGUCACACGUGUGGAGGGCCCCGACGGCCGUGUGGCCUACCUGUUUGAGGGACGGGCCAGCGCAGGGCUGCCCGCCCGAGCACACCUGCCCAGCCCCUUCUACCGCGACUUCUCCCUGGUCUUCCAUCUUAGGCCCAUCUCUGAUGAGGCAGGGGUAAUCUUUGCCAUCACCGACUCUGACCAGAAACUCAUGCAUGUCGGAGUGAAACUGUCAGCCGUCGAGGGCACCACCAGGAGGGUGGUGUUCUACUACAGUCAUCCAGGUUCCAAUAAAUCGGUAGAAGUGGCCAGCUUUGAGGUGCCCCACCAGCCCGGUGAGUGGAGCCACUACUCGUUAGCUGUGAACCAAGACCAGGUAACCUUCUAUGGGGACUGCAGCACCGAGCCUAGAGUGGCAACCUUCGAACGCUCGCCCGACGACCUGCAGCUGGACAUGGGGGCGGGGAUCUUUGUCGGACAAGGUGGAGCUGCUGACCCCGACAAGUUCAAAGGUUUAAUCUCUGAACUGAAGAUAGUGGGUAACCCAAGUGCAGCUGAACGCCACUGUGAUGAAGGCGAUGACGAUGACGAUGAUGAGGAUUAUGGCUUGGAGGAUUAUGGGAGUGGUUUGGAGGCGCAGAUACAAAGUAGUAGGAGUCCUUCCUCCUUUUUUGAACCCCUGCCUCCACCCCCUGUUUCAUCGUCCACCCGGUCCCGUCUGGAUACCGAUGACACGGCGAGAGAAACAGGAGACGAGGAUGACCAGAUCUUAGUGGCAUCCAGAACUAUUCAAGGGAGUAAAGGUGAUAAAGGAGAGAAGGGAGAUAUGGGGACUCUUGGUGACAGGGGCGCAGUGGGGUCAAAAGGCGAAUCUGGAGACCCAGACCAGUCAUCUCCCACUAAGGGUGGACUCCACAGAGAGAAGGGUGACGGAGGAGAGAACGGAAUGAAGGGAAGUCCUGGUUCAGGGUAUCCUGGCUCCAAAGGCGAUCCUGGCCCACCUGGGCCACCCGGACCACCAGGGCCACCCGGGCCUGUUGCAGAGGUGAUCCACCCUGGGGAAGGAAAGGUGAUUGAGAGGCUGGUGGGACCUCUAGGUCCAGCUGGUCCAGACGGACCUCCAGGUGCACCGGGUCCUUCCGGACCUAAGGGGGACAGAGGUGAUCCUGGAGAAGAUGGCAAACAGGGGCCUGAAGGACCUCCUGGAUUUCCUGGUAUACCUGGUAUCCCUGGACCAAAAGGACACAAGGGAGAGAACGGAGAAGGCAGUCCAGGACCUAGAGGCCCUCCUGGACCUCCUGGACCCCCUGGGCCCACUCACUUAGACCGGGCAACAUUUCUUGACAUGGAGGGCUCUGGUUUUCAUGACAUGGAGAAGUGGCAGGGUGUUCGUGGUCCUCCUGGCCCACCUGGACCGCGCGGUCCUCCUGGCCCUUCAAUGCCUCUCAUUUUAGACGGAGUAGAGGGACCUGUAAGAUUUGGUUCCCCUGGGCCUCCUGGUAAAGAUGGACUCCCUGGACAGCCUGGGACACCAGGUUUACCUGGAAGUCCUGGUGCUCCUGGCCCACCAGGACUGCCUGGAUCUAAGGGAGACUGUGGUGAACUGGGUUCUCCUGGGGAAUCUGGAGAGAAGGGUCCAGAAGGCACUGCAGGGCUACAAGGAGAUCCAGGACAGGUGGGCCGGGCAGGUCUACCUGGACCUAUGGGCCCCAGGGGACCUCAAGGGCCUCCUGGACCUCCUGGACCCCCUGGACCCAUCAUCAGAGUUAAUAAAAGUAGUGGAGAGGAGUCUGAACUUGUUAUUCAGUAUGCUCCUGGUGUGAUGGGGCCUCAGGGCCCACAGGGUCCACAAGGAAUUCCUGGAUUGCCGGGUGUGACAGGCUUACCUGGAACCCCAGGUGAGAAAGGCAGGGAGGGUCCCGAAGGUCAAAGUGGAAUUCCUGGACUCGAUGGCUUCCAAGGACCACCAGGACAACCAGGCAAAAAAGGGGUGAAAGGUGACCGGGGUGAGCCUGGCCAACCUGGAGGUCCCCCUGGGGCCCCAGGACUUCCUGGCCCUCCAGGACCUGUGAUCUACAGCACUGAUGGCAGAGCAGAUGGAAUCCAUGGACUAAAGGGUGAGCCUGGUGAUCCAGGGCAAGCAGGAUUGCCUGGUCCAGUUGGACCCAAAGGUGACCAAGGGAUCCCAGGGUUACCAGGUGAAUCUGUUAAGGGUCAGAAGGGUGAGCCAGGUCAGCUCCUUGGCCCAUCUGGAAGUCCCAUUUACAUUGAUGGAUGGACUGGAAAACUGGGUGAACCUGGACCUCCAGGACCAGUGGGACCUUCAGGUCCACAAGGUCCUCCAGGGCCAAUGGGAGAAAUAGGAAUACCAGGAAGACCGGGUCGUCCAGGACUAAAUGGAAAUAAGGGAGAAAAAGGAGAUUCAGGAUUUGGACCAGGUGGACACAGAUAUGGAUAUCCGGGACGCCCAGGUCCACCUGGACCUCCAGGCCCUCCUGGACCUCCAGGACCUGUAGUACCUGUGAGCAGGGGGUAUGAUGAUUCCAGACUUCACUAUGGCAGUAAAGGAGAGAAGGGUGAGAGAGGUGCUCCGGGCAUACCGGGUUUGCCAGGACUGACUAGCAGUUUUGACAUUUAUGCACUAAAGAAUGAAUGGAAGGGUGAACAAGGCUCUAAGGGGCAGAAAGGAGAGCCAGGAGGUGGUCAGUACAGUCCCCAUUAUGGACCAGGAGAAGGUCGACUCGGAAGUCCAGGACCUCCGGGCCCUAGAGGAGAAUCAGUUGCUGGACCUCCAGGGCCUCCAGGGCAUCCUGGACCUCCAGGAAUUGGUUAUCCUGGUCGACCAGGAACUCCAGGUCCUGCUGGACCACCUGGACCACCGGGACCAGCAGGUCCAGGAGCACACAGACCUUCACAAUCAAUCAAUAUCCCUGGACCUCCUGGACCUCCUGGUCUCCCUGGAAUUCCUGGACAAUCAUUUGGGGUCAUGGUGAUGAGGUCUUUUGACACAAUGGCUACUGCAACUCGACACCAUCCAGAAGGCACGUUAGUCUAUGUCAUAGACAACACGGACUUCUAUGUCAGAGUGCGGGAUGGUGUCCGGAAAGUCAUGCUGGGAGAAUAUACACCUUUCCCAAGCCCUGUGGACAGUCAUAUAGCAGUGGUGGAACCCCCGCCGGAUGUGCUUUAUUCUCCAGACUCCUCCGUUAUAGCCCCUCCCCCAAGACUUUCCCCAGUGCCUGAAGGACAGCAGCCCGAGCUGCCUGAUCCAGACCGCCACCCUCCAUAUGACCUACGAUACUCCACCGAUCUGAGACAUCCUCUGCCAACAGACCCGCGACAUUCAGAUCCCCAGUACUCAGGCCCACGGUACUCAGACUCACGAUACUUGGACCCUCGUUACCCUGCCCCAGCUGGUUCAGCUGAGCCUGAGCCCAGACACCAGCCCCACCAGCCUCAUGGCAGACACGCAUACCAUUCAGGGUCACGAUACUACGUCACACCAGUACACCGGCCCAUAGCUCCAGAAGCCCGGGCACCCACCCACACACACUCCUCCGGCCCAGCGUUGCACCUCAUCGCCCUCAACUCCCCUAAAAAGGGAGACAUGCAGGGGAUUCGAGGGGUCGAUCACCAGUGCUUCCUCCAGGCUCAAGCUGCUGGGUUUAAAAGCACGUUCAGAGCCUUCCUCUCCUCUCAGCUCCAGGACCUCCACAGUAUAGUGCACAGAAAUGACCGCCAUCACAUCCCUGUUGUUAACUUGAAGGAUGAGGAGGUAUUCAGCAACUGGGAGUCCAUCUUUAAUGCCUCAGACGGCCGGAUGAGAGAGAACACACGGAUCUACUCAUUCGACGGCCGAGAUGUCCUUGAAGACGACGCAUGGCCAGAGAAGCUGGUGUGGCACGGUUCAUGCGUCGCCGGGCUCCGGCAGACAGACAGCUACUGCGAAGCAUGGCGGACCAACAACCAUGCCGUCACUGGCAUGGCCUCCUCUCUCCGAAACGGCCGCCUUCUCCAGCAGACUGCACGCAGCUGCUCCAGUUCCUACGUUGUGCUGUGUGUGGAGAACAGCUACAUUGCCUAAUGAAAGCUUGGGGGGGGGG